AUGUUGUCUUUCAAGGCACCUCUCUGGUUCUGCUCUUUGGCAGCGGUCGUUGGUACGGCCUCGGCUGCUCAGAAGUUUGGCCUUUACGCCUAUGGCGAGAACGUGGGAGGACUUCCCCUUUAUUACGUUGAUGGUAGCGCUGUCGUAAGCCCAAGGACUCCCGAGAAUGGAACCGACGUCGCCCCAGUCGCCUUCGACAAGGACAGCAAUAAUGAGCUCAUCGGGAAUCCAAACACAACCAGUACUGCGUCUGCGGCCGGUUUCACGGAUGUAUCGCUUUUCGUUCCUGGUCCGAACUCCAAUGACAAGGAGAUGGGCUUUACCAGCGAUCCUUCUUCGAACCAAGUCACCAACAAAUUUGUCUGGUAUGGUAACUUUCUACUGGUUGAGAAUGAGUCUGGGGAGUACACCUCCUUGUUCUCUGUCAAGAAAAGUUCGUCGCACGAUGAGGACGGAAGCUAUGAUCUCUACUGGAACGUCACGGACUCGGAUGAAGAAGUGAUCACUAUUUCCAUGAGGUCGGUUGCGCCUUCCAAUGCGUAG